AUGCGCAGAAGCAACCGAAUCUUACGAUCACACGAUGACGAAGGACCUUCCGCACAACUCACCUUCGACUUGAAGACGAUCGCGAAACGAUCGGCUGCUAAACGCAUGGGUGCGCCAUCAAUUAAACAAGCUGAUACAUUGAGAGAGCCGUCUACUCCUCAGAAAACCUCUCAAGCCGCAGGCGUAUCCCCCUCUUCCGCCCCGCGAGUUGAUAACAAUAGUGUUGAGCCUGCACGAGCUUCGAAGGGACAGCUAAAGCGGCCACGACGACACCAGCUGCAGAGAUUUAGAGGUGAUUCUGAAGAUAUAUUUGAUGUUCCCGCGCCUUCACCAAAUACUGAUGCGGUAGAACGGGCGGUUGUGGCAAAACCUGAACCUACGGCUGGUGCUGAGUCCAGUGAAGACGAGGCUAGUAGCUCGUAUGAUGAUUGUCAAGAAGUUGUCGAGGUUUUAAGAACACCAAAAAAGGUGUUUGAACUAUCAGCUGUGGUGGUUGAGAACAUGCCAAUUGAAAACAUCGAAAAGCAAGAAGGAGUUACUAAUGAUGGUCAUGAUACACUGGAAGAGAGGGAACAUGAGGCUAGCGGAGUGGAUGAAGAGAUAGCGGAGACUGACCAGGACAAGGAAGAUGAACCGGUCGAUUUGGUGACUAACUUGAAAAGGCCGAAAGGGGAUUCACUACUUAAUGAUGAAUAUGAACUUACAAAUACGGAUGUGGACGAAGACGAUGAUGAUUGCGGAGAUCUGCCAGAGUCUCCCGGGCGAACCGUAAUUUCGCUGCAGAGAGAUAUUGUCAAGGAAAAGCGAGACAUAGCGGGCUCAGAUGCAGAAAUCUACCUCGAGUAUGGUCUUCGAGAUGAUUCCGUAUUCUGGGAGGCUUCUAAAACAUUUGACCAAGAGAAAAAUUGGCGUGACCUUAUUCUAGAGGCCCAGAGGCUGAUCAAACAGGCCAAGGGCCUAACUGUCAGAUCUACAAAGAAUCUAUUCGGGAGUAUUUCGAACGGGAUUGAUACCUACAAAGAGAGAAUAUAUUCGCAAGGCAAGCGACAAAACUUCCACUCCGUUGAGACAGAACAAACUUUCAUCGCAGGCCUCAAAAGGCGCGUUUCUCAGGUUUUGAUUGAUCUAUACCCAUAUAACGCAGAUUUACCAACGAGAAUAGCAAAACUCACCUCUGCGGCUUAUGAGGUGGCGACGGACAUCCUCCCUGGGAUGGUCGGGCUGCUGCAGUGGUGUUUGGUUGCACAUUAUUCCAAUGACAGCAUCACCGCGGAAGGGAUAGACCAACUGACGCAGGUGUUAGAGUGCCUCAGCAAACUGUGCGAAGCAAUUCAGGCAGAGUCACCCAGACGAAACACGGAGCUGGCAGAUAAAAUAAGGACUACAAGUGUACUUGUUCGGUUUAUGUCUUACGUGUUCCAAAGGCAACAGCUCAACACGCGGCAGCCAGAAAUCACGCAGCCUCACGGAGGCUGGACCCGAAAUCUAGGGCAAGGCCACGAGAGCGCAUAUCCGGUUAAGUCCGUGGAGCCUAUGGUAACGACCCAUGCGGAAGCCCGUCCCUGGAGCAGGGUCGAAAGUGAAACUCUCUUUGACGCCUUGCGGAAGUACCGGGGACCAGAACGAUACGACCUGAUCCUCCUGGACAUGCGGGACGUCCUGGGACAUCGAAGUGCGGAAGAACUGAGGGAGAAGGCGAGGGAGACACGGGCUGGCUUUAUCGCCGACGUCACCUGUCCGGGCCCAGGGAUUCCCUCCUUCUUUGGCUCGCGGUCCAAACCUCCCGCCUGGAGAUCGGUCUCAAGGUUAACCUCCAAAGCCACCGUCCCGACUUCCGCCGUGGGGAUUGCUGAUAACUGGGCCCCUAUCUUCUUCUUCUCUGUUUGCUUUGUUCUUUGCAUUGUGCCUUUCCAGAGCGUUCUUACACAGGAGAACCCGAAGCUCUGUUGUAUGACGUCUGCAGAAGAUCACGUUCCCGCCGACGAGGUUGUAGAUGCACCAGUUGCGGCUGAGGAGCCCGUGACUGAUCAAGAAGACGCUCAUCAGUCGGUUCCAGCAAAUAUAGAUUCUCCUCCUCGAGAUGAGGUGCUGUCAGCAAAAGAGGACAUGGUCACCUCUCCAGCACGGAGCCAGGCAUCCUCGACGGACCCAAAACGUUCGCUGAUUGCUAGUGGCCCGAAGCGCCCAAGUGCUGCCGUCUCGACGCGAACUGCCAAACCGUCAGCGACGAUUGCCGGCCGACCAACCUCUGGAAGCACGCUGAACAAACCCCCAAUUCGCCCGACAGCGAACACGGCUGCCCGGAAGAUACCAAGUUCCGCGGCUUCUGGAGCUACCACGAAUGUUGCCCGCGCGUCACGUAUGUCUAUUGGUAGUUCGGCUGACGAACGGGCCAAAGCCAUUGCUAGCUCUGGUGACGAGUCUCGGAAGAGCGGGAUGUCGGGGACUGCAAAAAGAACGUCGUUAUCUGGUACACUCGGUUCCAGGACUACGUCUAGACCCUCAACGGCCUCUACCGACAGAAGGUCCUCCAUCACUCCUGCAACGGAGAGGAAGCCAGCGACCUCCCGUCCGUCCACUGCGACAUCGCAGACUCCAACAAAGGCUCCGCUGAGGUCCACGCCGACUUCCUCUACCACGCCAAGGACGACUAGAACUAUUCCUACAUCUACCAAGACGCCGGCUAGCACCGAUCCAGCAAAGCGACGAAUUGGAGCAACAGCUUCCCCGGCCACUGCUAGACGAGCCGCCGGAGCUCCUGCGCUCGAUGAGGGGGCGGAGAAUGACAAAAUCACGGAGUUGGAAACCCAGCUUGCCGCUAGUGAGGCAAAAUUCGCUGAAGCUCAGGCUAAGAUUGCGGAGCUUGAGAAAGCCGGCGAAGACAGCUCUAAACAUACGGAGAUGGCCGAAUCGUAUACACAGGAGAUCAAGGUCCUGCAAGGCAAAUUGGAGGAGCUAGAGGCCAAAUAUGAGGAGGCCAUUGUGCAAUCAAGCAAGGAUGUUGAAGAAGCUAAACGGGAAGCUACGGAUUUGGGAGAAUCUAAGAGCACCGAAGCUCUUAGUCUGCAACGCGCCGAGCAUGAUGUCGCUCUCAAAAACCUGGAGGCUGACCUUGCGACUAAGUCUGAGGCGGUCGCUGAGCUGACAAGCAAAAUCGACACUUUGAGUAAGGACUUAGACGCGGCGACAAAGCAGGUUGAAGAGUCAAAGGAGGCAGAGAAAGAAGCUACCGCUGCCCUUCAGCAGAAAUUGAGCUUGCUUGAAGAGGAACUUAGCUCAAGUAAGAAAGAUCUAGAAUCUGCCCAGGAGUCAUCCUCUCAAAACGCAGCAAAGCUCGAGGAGAAGGUUGCCUCUCUUGAGAAACAGCUGGAGGAGGCAAAAUCCGAGGCUGAAAAGGGAUCCGCCAAUACUGCCGAAGCUGUUCUCCAGAAGGAAGCUGAAAUUAAGGAACUGAAUGCAGCGAUCGAGGCAUUGCAGGAUGAUAUACAAAAGGCUCACCAAUCCAAGACUGAUGAGCUUGAGCAGCUGAGGGCUGAAUUCGACUCGACUCAUGAUCGUUCUUUGGCUGGACUGAAGGCUGAUCAUGACCGUGCUAUGGCUGAAAUGGCGGCUGGCCAUGAUGUUCAUGUCGCUCAGCUGUCUGCUCAACAUAAGACUGAACGCAGCGAGGUAGAGGCCGCGUCAACCACUGCAAAGUCGGCUUUGGAGCAGGAACUUCAGAACUUGACCGAGAAACAUGAAGCAGCCAGAGCGGACCUGAACAAGAAGAUUGAAGAUCUGACAGCCGAGAAGUCCAGCCUCAGUAGCCAGGUCGAGAACUCUCAAUCUAACUAUGAAACCGAGAUCCAAACCCUCAAGACCAAACUUGAAGAGGCCGAACAAGCCCUCGCCAGUGAGAAGCUCGCAGCUGAGAAGCGUAGUGCGGACGAAACCGCUGCCGGUGCCGAAAUUGAUACACUCAAAGCCACGAUCCAGUCUCUUGAGGCUGAUCUUUCAGAGCAAAAGUCUAUGGUCAAGUCACUGACAGCGGAUGUCGAAGCUGAAAGAGCUCAAGUGACUGGGUUGCAGAAGGUUCUUGAGGCAUUUGAAGCCGAUAGCAAGGACAAGGAUGAGCACCACGAAAAUAUGAACAAGAAGCUUAGCGCCGAAAUUGAGACCAUCAAUAAAUCCUUGGAGGAAAAGACACAGGAGAUAACUUCAACGAAGCAAGAACACGCCGAAGCUCUUGAAGCCCUUAAAACAGCCCAUGCAGCUGAGCUCGCCAAACAUGAGUCAGACGCAGCUACAUGGCAAGACAAGAUCAAGGGACUGCAAGAAGAGCAGGAAAACUUACGCACACUUAAGGAGGAAACUGAGAAAACCCACGGUGCUAAGAUUGAGGCUCUGGAAGCUGACCAUGCUCGACAGAUCGAGGAGCAUACCGCUAAAUUUGCCGCUCUAUCUGAAACCCACAAAGCCAAUGAAUCUUCUGCAAAGGAGCUCGAGGAUUCCCAUGCUAAGCUAAAGGAGGAAUUUGAAAAGACUCUUGCCGACACUAAAGAAAAUCUAGAAUCCACUCAUGCGAAGGGAGUUGAGGAACUCUUAGCCGCCCACGAGGAGAAACUGAGUAACCUCAAAGCUGAGCAUGAUACUACUUCUGCCGAGAAACUUGCAGCUACGGAGAAGAAACACUCAAAGGCUGUUGCUGAACUACAAGCGAAUCUUGACAAAGCCAAAGAAGCUGCUGCUGAUACUUCGUCCAUCGAUGCCCUAAAGGCUGAAAUUGCUGAGUUGAAAGCAAGUCACGCUUCCCAAAUCGACACCCUUGCAAAUGAGAAGGCAGAGUUAGAGAAGAAAGUUGAUAGUGUUGGGGCGACUGCCAAAGACGCAGAGACUGCUCGAGAAGACCUAGUUGCCAAGCAUGCAGAAGAACUUGAAGCAGCCAAAGCUGAAACAGCAAAGCAUAGUGAUGCCCACGCAGCGGCAGUUCUGGAAAUUAAAGCUCUAAAAGAGGUAGCUACAGAGAAAGAAACCCAUUGCCACGAGUCUGAAAAGAAGUUCUCCGAGCUCGAGCGCGAUAUGGCUGCCCUGAGCGAGAAGAACAUGGAAAUGGUUGAGAAGAUCCAGGACUAUGAAGCAACAGCCGCUAAAUCGGCUAGGAAGAUUCGUGAACUGGAAUUUGACCUCAAGGACGCGCUGAAGUCUGACGCUCCUACGUUAAACGGAUCCAGCAAGGGCAAACCUGGCCUAGGAGCAAGCAAGUGGGCCACAACGGAAGAUGAGGAGCCGGCGAAGGAGGAGGCAGAUGGCAAGCAGGAGGACUCUGGUCCACUUGCUACGGAAGGUGAGAAGCUUGGUUCUUCUAUCGCGGGGACGAUGGCGAGCAUUCAGGAACAGCUACGACAGCUUGAGGGUGUGAGUGAUGAAAUGGUCGAAAAUCGUGCCAGGAUCAUCAAUGCCCUCGAACAGACCACCCAAAGGAUGAAGUCUGGUUCUAGCAGUCCCCCUAUAUCAAGCCCCAGCAACCCCACUCUACCAAACACCAGCAGCAACACCAAUGACAUCGUGGCUUUGUAG